AGAAAGGCGGGCCAUUGCAUUAGUAGUUAAUGCCUUGGAAAUUGAUGAGCAAGACGUCAGACAUGAGAUAUGUACUGCCGGAGGCAAUUCAAUGAGGCUUGAGUGGUUGAGGACACACUUUCAUAAUGUCAUAGACAAUGAUUCAAUGGAAAGAAUUACAUGUGCAGGUAGAGCAUACUUGCUAUUUUUGUUGGGUUGUACACUUUUCAGUGACAAGACUUGUACUAGGGUCCCCGUGUUUGUUAUCCGAUUUGACGACUGUAUCUUCAUAUGCUUGGGGUGCUGCUGUAUUGACAUACUUAUAUAGACAGAUGGGGUACGCUAGCAGGUCUGGUAUGAAACAAAUAGCCAGUUACAUGACACUUCUUGAGGGAUGGGUUUAUGAGAACUUUCGUGGAUUCUGACCACACUUGAAUAUUAAUUACACUCGAGACAUGCCACAUGUUUACCGUUGGACUUCCCAGAGAGAGUCUGGUGAAGAGACACAGUUGCAGGCUUUUCGAGAGGAGCUUGAUAGGUUGGGUGUACAUGAUGUUAUUUGGGACCCGUACCAGAGUUGCAGAGAUGUCCAGCCAUGUCAACCAGUUACGUUCUACCACAGUUGCCUAAAGUGUUUGGAAGUAGUUGAACCAUAUCACCCUAAUAGAGUGCUGAGACAGUUUGGCAGGGUGCAGACAAUCCCUAAUCCACCACUUGGCCCUAUGCGUGCUUCUCAAGAAGCCAUAGCUCCAUGCUACGAUGUUAUAUAUGCAUACUUGCACAUCAUUUGGGAGGCAUAGGACAACCAUGUGUUAUCUGAUCGGAGGAGGAGUACACCGGUAUGGCAACCUUGGGAUUGUGUUCCUGGUUACAUGGAUUGGUAUCAAACCAUUACCCAUAUGUAUGUAGAAAACCCAGCCCGUCGUUCUCAAGUGGACCUGACUAUCCAUCAUUAUCAGUAUCCUAGCCAAGACGCACAAGUAUCCUUUUUUUCAUUUACAUUGCAAAUUAUUUAUGUAAACUGUUACAAGUUUGUACAUAAUUUUAUAUUUGUUCUCGUAAUGCAACGUAUGUCACAGAUAUAUCAGAUUACUCAUUCUUUCGUUGAGGCUGGCUAUGAGGACAGUGUUCAACAUCCUAAUAGGCUUUACAAUGCAAUUGAUGCAAUCAAACAACUUCUUCAAGAUCAGCACAUUAGUGAAGCUGCACCCAGCACAUCCACUCAGGGUCAGUCUGCACCUAGCUCUCCCACUG